AAUGACAUCACACAGUGUCGCCUCCACCUUUUUGUCAAUCAAAAUCUCUGGACAUCACAGUAAUUUUUAAGAAUUCCCCUAUAAGCGUCGAUUGGAGCUAUUCAACGAUCAUUUCCGACGUUUUACGUGUAAAUUAUGGCCCAGCGGCAGGCCCGUUGCAGCCGGAGUCCGACCACCACCGGGGGCCAACGGUACUGGGACUAGCUGCUGAGUAACCCCCCUAACAGAGCUGUCAUGGACAAAGACGAAGCAGACCGGCUCAUAGAGAAGGCCAAGCUGUGUUUACGGUCGGGCCGAAAGGAUCGGGGACUGCAGCUCCUAUACGAGGCGCAGAAAAUCUACCCCAGCACCAGGGCCAGAGUGCUGAUCGAUGCCAUACUGAGAAAUGGAGGCAGUGCGUCCCAAGAAACGAACCACGUGCCUCCGCCCUCUGGCUGGAGGGACGAGGACAUCGGAAACCAAGAAAGGAGGACUACGAAUCAUGACGAAAAGAAGACUUACACCGAGGAGCAACGCCAAGGUGUUUUCAGAAUAAAGAAUUGCAAGGACUUCUAUGAAAUCCUGGGUGUUGACAAAGGUGCCAGUGAUGAAGAUCUGAAGAAGGCGUACAGGAAGUUGGCUCUGAAGUUUCACCCAGACAAGAACUUCGCCCCAGGGGCCACAGAUGCAUUCAAAGCCAUCGGUAAUGCAUACGCAGUGCUGAGCAACCCAGAGAAGAGGCAGCAGUACGAUCAGUUCGGAGAACAGAGUCCAACCUCAAAUGUACCCCAUCGCUCUGGCAACAGCCGGCCCGGACACUACCGGAACUUUUACAGAGACUUUGAGGCCGACAUUUCCCCCGAGGAGCUCUUCAACAUUUUCUUUGGUGGAAGGUUUCCCACAGGAAACGUUCACGUAUACACCAACCAGGGCGCCUCCUACUCUCAGUUCUACCAGCCUCGCCGUCGGCGGGCUCACGAAAGGCGGGAGGAGGUGGUGGAGGAAAACCAGAGUCAGAACACCUUCACAGCUCUUCUGCAGCUUCUGCCUGUGCUGGUGUUGAUCCUCAUAUCAGUCUUUACUCAGAUGAUGGCAACUAAUCCUCCCUACAGUCUCUUUUACAAGCCGGCGAUGGGACUGGUGGUGUCCAGAGAAACGCAGCACAUGGGUGUACCGUACUAUGUGGACAAAAGUUUUCAGAAAGAGUACCGCGGAGCAGUGCUGGAGGAACUAGAGAAGAGCAUCGAGAGCGACUAUAUCGAACACUUGCAGAGCAGCUGCUGGAAGGAGAAGCAGCAAAAAUCAGACUUGGCAAACUUGGGGCAGCUUUACCGAGACGAGCGGUUAAAGCAGAAGGCAGAGUCCAUGAGGCUGGACAACUGUGAGAAGCUGCAGCGAUUGGUCGGCCGCCUCAGAGUCAAAUGAGGACAGUUUGAGAGGAGGAAACGUUUCUUUAGCGAAGUGUGUAAUUUACCCAUUCUGGCCACUUUGCUGCGACAUGUCGUUGGGGGACGGUGCAGCCAGUGGGAGAUUGCACUUCUGAAAACAACGUGCCUUCUCUUCGUCGGUAG